AUGACUACUGUCAUGAUUCUUUCCUUCCCAAGAAGGGGACCCACUCCCACUCACUCUCCCCGUUACUUUUGCCUGAUAAUGCGGGUGAAGUGGCGAACGCUCAAAGCCUUGCUCAGACCCUUCACUGCGCCUCGUUGGCCGGCCCGCCUUCGUGGACCUCUGGCCCAUAUUCUCAGCCCGAGCAGGGGAAUUGGGCCCGGCCCAAUUGGCUCGUCUGAUUUGGUUCUUGAUUUGGAGGAAGGAUCGUUGUUAGGGAACAUGUCUGGAUUUUCUUGGGGAUGCAAUAAUCAAGAAACUGUGCAUGAAAAAGAGCAACUAAAACCUGGGGAAGUUUCUGCUUUAGGUAUCUACAUAUGCAGUGAUACAAAAGAAAAAUAG